AUGCUUCGAUUCUUUUUCAUUCGUCGUCCAGCUUGGGUAAUGUGGCUGUUAAUUAUUCUAACGACUGUCUGUGUUCACCUUAUUACUAUGCACUUUAACGCUUUACGGUUUGACGAAUUUCGUCUUGAAGUAAUGCAAGAAUUGGAAUUCUAUAAAAGACAACUUCAAAUGGAAGCAGGGAUUUCUCUACCAACAUCAUUUGAUUUCUUACCACAUUUGUAUUUGGCUUCUAAUGUUUUAUUCACUCCAGCACUUUCUAUUCCAGCUAUUUCAUCUUUCUUAUCAACUCGUCUUGUCAUAGGAAUUCCAACAGUGUCUCGCUUAAAUAUUUCUUAUGUUUUACCUACAUUGCAAUCACUUUUGAGUGAAAUGUCGAAUGAGGAAGCCGCAAAUACCACAAUAGUUUUAAUGAUUGCAGAUGAAAAAGGGCCAUCUUCAUCAUUUGCUGUAAAUACUAUAAAGUCUUUAAAAUCAGAAUUUCCUCAAUUUAUAAAGUCUGGUUUGCUUCAAUUAAUAAUGCCACAUCCCGAAUGGUAUCCUUCCGAUUUACAUUCAGUGCCUCCUACGUUUAAUGAUUCGCCGGAAAGAAUGUACUGGCGUACCAAACAAAAUUUAGACUAUAUUUAUUUGAUGUCUUAUUGUCAAAGGCGAGGCGAGUACUAUAUGCAGCUAGAAGAUGAUUUGAUUACAAAACCGGGAUAUAUUACGAAAGUUCACAAAUUCAUAGCAGAACGGGCACUUAAACCUUGGUUUAUGCUAGAGUUUUCUUCUCUUGGUUUUAUCGGAAAAUUAUUUCGAACUUCUGAUUUACCACUAUUAAUACAGUUUAUAAUGCUAUUUUAUCGCGAGAAGCCAGUUGAUUGGCUUCUUGACUCAUUUUUUAUCAAUAAGUAUUGCUCUCCCGAAAAGUCUACUAAGGAAUGUAAUUCCGAGGUUGCCAAACAGUUUCGCUUGCGCCAUCGUCCUUCAUUGUUUCAACAUAUUGGUACGCAUUCAUCUUUAGCUGGAAAAUUGCAAAAGCUUCGUGAGCGUGAUUUUGGUGCAACACAGCAUUUUAUUGCUCACAAAGACAAUCCAGCUGCAAAAAUUUCAACGACAUUGAAAGCUUAUAAAACUCAUACUAUCACAAAUGCUUAUACUGGUACCAGUUUUUUUUGGUCCUUUGCUCCUAAAGGUGAUGAUUACAUUUUAAUUGAAUUUGAAAAAACUGUCAAACUUCGUGGCUUUUUGUGUCGGACAGGGAAUCCCGACCACCCAAAUGAUAUCUUGGAUGAAAAUGAUGCAAUUUUGAUCCGUAAAGCGAGAUAUCAUGAAUUUGAACAGGUUGCCAUAUUUAAUAAAUAUGGAACAGUACGUUUAGAAUUGAGAUCUGCUGUUGAUAUAGAUGCAAUUAAAAUUAACAUUCAACAAGAAAGAAGUUUCUGGAUUAUUAUCAACGAAAUUCAAGUUAUUGUGGAAUAA